AUGUUCAAAAACAUUGUCUCUUGGCUGAGACAGGACAACGAUGACCAGCCACGCGAAAAGCACAACGGGUCAACGACUCCCAACUCGGCAAACAAUGACUUGUAUGACUCCACAUCCGACCCUGAGCAAGCGUCUGACCCGGCCGAGGUGCGGCAACAAAAGUCACAGUACCCCGAGGGCGGGCGGGCCGCCAACCUCGUCGUCUUUGGCAGCUUCUGCGCCAUCAUGGGCGGCCUCGGCCUCAUGAACAGCAUCGGCAUCUACCAGUCCUGGAUCUCCUCGCACCAGCUGCGCCACGUCUCCGAGGGCCAGCGCGGCUGGAUAUUCGGCAUCUACAACUUCAUGGUCUUCUUCUGCGGCAUCCAGAUCGGCCCCGUGUUUGAUGCCCACGGCCCACGGUGGCUGAUGCUCACGGGCCUGCUGCUGUACAUCGCCACGUUUGUGUCGCUGGGGUUUUGCUACGCGUACUGGCAAUUUAUUGUCGUUGUAGGCAUUGUCGCCGGGGCUGCGACGUCCAUCGUCUUUGUCGUGCCGGUCGCGACCAUAGGACAGUACUUCAACGUGAGGCGCGGAGCCGCGACUGGGCUCGCCAUGUCUGGCGGGAGCCUCGGCGGUGUCAUGUUCCCGCUCGUGUUUGACGCCCUGAGCGACCGACUGGGGUUCGCAUGGACGACCCGCGUCAUCGGCCUCAUCACCAUCGUGCUGCUCCUCGUCGGCUGCGUCAUGGUCCGCCCGCGCAGCAAGUUCCGCAAGCAGGCCCGGCGCGCCAACCAGAGCAUCCUCCCAGACUUUAGGAUCCUGUGCAGCCCGGCCAUCUGCCUCGUGACCGCCGGUGUCUUCUUCAUCGAGUGGGGCUUCUUCGUCGGGCUCGAGUACGUGUCGUCGUACGCGCUGGCCCACGGCAUCAGCCGGCGCCUGUCCUACCUGAUGGUCGUGUUCCUCAAUGCCGGGUCAUUCCCGGGCCGUUGGCUGCCGGGCAUCGUGGCCGACAAGUUUGGCCGCAUGAACACGCUGCUGCUGACCAACGUGCUCUGCAUGAUCUCCAUGCUGGCAAUCUGGCUGCCGGCGGGGAGCAACGUCGGCGCCAUCAUCACGUUUGCCGUGGUGUUUGGCUUUGCGAGCGGGAGCAACAUCAGCCUUGUUCCAGUGUGCGUUGGGGAGUACUGCACAACUCAAAACUACGGCAGGUACUAUACCACGGUGUACACCGUUGUCAGCGUCGGUGCGCUCACAGGCGUUCCGAUUGCGGGUGAGAUAGUAAGCAGCAGCGGAGGGUCCUAUCAGGGCCUCAUCAUCUUUGCCGGCGCAUCUUACGUGGCAGGAGUCGUGUGUUUCGUCGCCGUCAUGUGGCUGAACCGACGGCGCGAGAAGUCUUAG